UAAGGAUUUUUUCAAUCCUUAGUUUUUGGUUUUUUAAUAAAUAAUUUUUUCGGACAUGACUUUAAAUCCAACAUAUUUACGUAAAGCAAAAAUUCGUAAUAAAGUUUGAAAGUUUGUUCGAAAACAAUAGAAAACAAAGGAAGGCGAUUCAACUAAUAAAUUUUUUAAAUAAUUUCUAAACCACAUAUUGAACACAGCAAAUGGCUUUAGAUUUCUUUGCAGGAUGUCUUGGAGGAGCUGCUGGAAUAGUGGUUGGACAUCCAUUAGAUACAAUUAAAGUACUCGUACAAUCGCAAACAGCAAAAAGUCAAAAUGCGAUUAAUGUUUUUAAAAAUAUUAUUAAAAGUGAUGGUGUUCGUGGAAUGUAUAGAGGUGUUAUGCCUCCAGUAGCUGGAUCAGUUAUGGCAAACACGAUAAUUUUUGGUAUUUUUGGAAAUGUUGAACGUUAUUUUGAAAAAAGAAAUGUUAUUUAUCCCUGUGUGUUCGCUGGUGGUAUAGCCGGAUUGGUACAAAGUCCCUUAACAAAUUCAAUUGAAUUGGUUAAAAUUAGGUAUCAAAUAAGUUCAUCAAAGGACAGACAAGGACAAAAUAUUUUCCAAUUUAUAAAAAACAUUUAUAACAAAGAAGGCUUACGUAAAGGUCUUCUUAAGGGUAAUUUAAUCACGGUAUUACGAGAAGUGCCCGCAUACACAAUUUAUUUUCUAACUUAUGAACUUUUAACAAAUAAAACUGGGGAGACGUCUACGGCACGUAUGUUAGUUGCCGGAGGAUUGGCUGGUCAAGCGUCAUGGUUAUUAACGUAUCCGAUAGAUGUCAUCAAAACACGUUUUCAAUCCGACCAAAAAGGAGAAUAUAAGGGAAUAAUUGAUUGUGCCAAAAAAAGUAUACGAACUGAUGGGUACAGUAUUUUUUCGAAAGGUAUAGCCGUCUCAUUAAUUCGAGCAUUUCCAUCAAAUGCUGUGUGUUUUGCUGUUGUGACUUGGACGUUUAGACUGUGUAAUCCCGCAGGAAGAACAAUUCCAGGCUCUGGUAGUGAAAUUAAUGAAAUAAAAAAGACUGGUGAAAGUUUUCGGAUAUGUGAUGUUACCCCACAAAAUAAUCUUCAACUUGCCUAGUACUUAUUUUUUUUUUACAAUAAUAUUAUGAAUUUUCACUCUUAGAAGUCUAAAAAUACAAAUGAAAAACAUUUUUCCAAAGUCAUUAUUAGCUCAGUCUCCAUUAAGUUUAGUUUUUGUUAAAGCUCAAUAGGGAAUAUUCAUGAUUUUUGUUUUUGUUUUAAAAGCUCGUUCAUGUAACAAACAGUAAAGAAAAAUUAUUUUUCGAAUAACUAUAAAAACAUUCAAGAUAAAGGACAUCAUAGAUUUGUUUGUAUCUCUUUCUAGCAAAGCAGAAUUUAACAUGGAGUUCUUAUAGGCAAAAGUAUAGGACGUCGCAUACUAUGUCCGAUCUCUCUGUCUAAUAUCUGCCUAAUUAAUUAGUAAUUUAAAAUGUCUAUACAUCCGUAUUUCUUAGCCGAUUUUAAUUUUAAUUUCACUUUUUGUCAUCUCUUUUACGGUGUUUUUAUAUUUUUCAUGAAUAUUCCUUAUUGUCGGUUAGGAAAUUUGCCAGGUAAAGGCAACAGAAGUUAGAUUACUGCCGUCCAGUCAUAUUUGUUUUUAUUCCUUAUUCCAUUUCAAGCUUUAUAUGGCCAAUUUUAUUUUAUACUAGUUAACAAUAGGGCUAAGGGCAAGAACAUAUAUAUAUAUAUAUAUAUAUAUAGAAUGUGAAACUCGAGUGGAGAGGGUAGCAGGAAAAAAGACGCCUAUCUCGUUGCGUACUUUGUAUUGCACAUCAGGCUGUCUUUUUUUCUCUAGCUCGAGAGAACGAUAUUAAUAUGUACAUGCAAAAUGUCAACUUGUUCAAUCUUGUCAUAUAUCCCAAACUCUUUGAGGAUAUUCCUCAUAGCAAAAAACAAAGCGAUUCUGUAUUCACUUUCUAUCGCAACCAAAGAUGUGGAGACUGGAGCAUAAGCUGUGUAAAUAAUGUGUGUUAGAACUUAUGAGCAUUUGAGUGAAAAUUUAAGUUUGUGUUAAAAUAUUGUGCAUUUUUUAAGAAAAUAUAAAAUUCCUUCCAAAUGAAAAGUAAAAUCAAUUGGUUCAUUUUAAAAUUCGGCCUCUUAUCCCUAUC